UCUCUCUCUCUCUCUCUCCAGUGUGAAAUCCGAAACUUGCCUCUCCUAACGCCAACCGCCUGCCUGCGCUGUCGUCUCCUCGCCUUGAUCUGUUACUGAUCUCACUUAGUCCCUCUCUCUGCCACUUUGGCGCUGCCGCAAACCAAGGUAUUUCGCCAUCUCCUCCGCUUGGUCUCCAUCUCAGUAAGCUUUCUCCCUCUCUCUUUUUCCUCUAUCUAUCCGUUUCUCUCAUAAAUUUAUCUCUUUCGGAGGAACACCAUCGCGCUACAGCUCAAGGAUUUGCAGAAAGAUCCUCCUACCUCUCAUACUGUCUGGAAUUUCCAGAGUGUCCCGUAACCCUAGCUCUUGGAACUAAGGUGAAUUGUGUUUGUGUGUGUUUUAGCACUGUUUUAAAAUAUAAUAAUUGUCUGAGAUUGACUGUUAUUUUGGAACUGAGGUUGGCGAUUAGGAGAACUAUCAGCUUCCUCUGGUAUUAAAUUGAGUUUUAAUAGAAUCUUCUUACUUAUUAGCUACAUAAAAUUUUACUUUGAUUAUCCAAAAGACUGCAUUAUGGAGAACUCCGAGACCGAACUAUAAUCCUUUGUACUUGUUAAUGUAGCUUUAAUUUCAUUCGCUUCUCUUCUUCCUCAUUAUUUUGUCUUAUAGAUGCCUUCACGUUGAUAUUUUUGAAGUAUAUUGAAGUGCAGCUGCAUGUUCUGCACGUCCUUAGUGCACAUUUCGUGCUUAUAUUCUGGCCGUGGAGAAACUACAGUUGGAUGUAGCAGCAUAUAGUGAUUUGAUUGCUGUGGAGACAAGAAGCACCGGUCUUUUUUUAAGAGGAAGGGAACCCCUGAAGAAUCGCUGUGCUGUUUAUGCUUUGGGGGAGAGGAUAAAAAUUUUGAAGGUUUUCUUAAAUAUUUUUUUUUUUUAAAUAAUUUCUCUGCCAGCUGUGAAAUAUGGUUUUUGUGGAAGUAAUGCAUGUAGCUUCUCUUGGCAACCACUCACUUAAAUUUCAAUUUCAACUCUUUGGGCAUUGGCCUGUUUCUAUUAUAUUUGGCUUCCCUAUGAAAUACUUAUUCUGUAGAUUAACAUUAAUUAGUUGCUUCCUAUAUAUUAUUUCUCCUAUAUUAUUUCAUAGGGUUAAUAGUUUUGACUCCUAGGGAUUAGUUGGGACAUUGUUCCUGGACACCCGGUGCCAAUAAAAAAUAAAAGAUUAUACAUCAAUAUUCCUAUGAGCUUAAUUUUGCAUUCUAAUUCUCAAGGGAGUCAUUCUUACACGCAUCCUGUGUAUUUAAGUUUCAUUCCUUUUCUAAUAAAUUGAAUUGUAUGAAGUUAAAGCAUCCUCCAUAUUCUUUUAGUGAGGAAUCCAUAUAUUAUGAAAUUUUUGCAGUUAACUUUGAUACAUAUUCCUGCAUUACUUGCAUUAAAUGUUUCUAGACACAACUGAUGUCAAUGGAGUUUUGGUGGUUCUUACAAGUUUUUUUAUGAUAGGUAAGGAGAUAAAUAACAAGUUUCAUUCAACAUAUAAAAAAAUGGCAGUUUAUGGGAUGACUUGUAUUGGAUUUUGAUCAUUAUGUUUACAACUCGGAUUGUAUUGUACAUUCUCCUCUCAAUAAAGCAGGAUUCUCAUAUACUUGGGCAUUUGUCUGCCUCUAUAUAUUUUGAAGCUUCAUACAAAUAUUCACAAGAUGAUUCACAAGCGCUGUAAACUGUGAAUUGUGUAUUUUUUUGUGCCCAAAAACAAUUGAAUAGAUUAGUGAUUCUUUGCUUGAUCUUUGAGAUUAUCAGGUCCAUUUGCUGUCAUUGAUGAGCACUUCAAUUCAAUACUGCUAAAUUGUUACAAUGCAAUUGGCUUAAUGCUCAUAUUCUGGUUUUUACAUCAGCACCCAGUAGUGUUCCAAGCUUUGAUCAUUCCUAUUUUUACUUCUUAAUGUUCUCUCUUGUUUCAUGUUGUAUUUUGAUUAUAUCAUAUGGGGUUAGAAAUAGCAGUUCUGUUUUUUAGUGAAGUGUCCAAAACAAUUAUUGUUUCAUUACUCAAACUGUGUUGAAUAGCGAUUAUGGUUGUGGUUCAUUUGUAACUGAUGUUUUACUUUUUAGCUCACAAUGUUACGGUGAUGGAUUCCAUGCUUGGAUUUAUAGUUGGUCUGUUAUUUUUUAAUAUUGUUGCUAUGUUUGUCUUUUGAGCUGCCCAACAAUGAUUUAAAUUUCUGUCUGUAGAUACAUUGGCACAAUUUGUAACUUGGAAGAGAGAUUACCUCUGAUGCUAGAGAAGGAGUGGUAUAAAUGUUUUUCAUAGGGUUUGGAAAAAUGUGGUCUAGAUCUGGAUCUGGACUUGCCUGCUUGCAUAAACAUUGAAUAGGUUUGGAUCCAUGUACUUAGAUUUACCCAGCUCGUUUCUCAAUCUUUUGGUUGGUUUGCAGUGAAAAAAUAGAGACAGAGAGUGGGAUAGAAAGAAUGAAGAAAUGGUCUGAUUUCUCAAGUUUUCGAAAUCAAUUGCUUUCCUUCUGUGCGAGAGGAUGUGCAAAAUAGAAAGGCUUCUUCGUAGCAGAACCCUUUUUAAUCAGCUGAAAAAAUGUUCUAGUGUAAAGAACCUGGAAUAUGUAUAUGCCUCAAUGAUCAAAACCAAUGCAAACCAAGACUGUUUCUUGCUGAACCAGUUUGUGGGUGCCUGUUUGGGCCUUUCGAAAAUAGACUAUGCAGUUUCAGCAUUUCUACAGAUGGAAAAUCCAAAUGUUUUUGUCUACAAUGCGAUGAUAAGAGGCUUUGCUCAUUGUUUUUACCCAGCUCAAGCAUUGGAGUGUUACAUUGAUAUGUUAAGAGCUGAUGUUAUGCCAACAAGUUAUACAUUCUCAUCGUUGAUUAAGGCUUGUAGCUUAGUAUCGGCUCUUGGGUUCGGUGAAACUAUACAGUGUCAAGUUUGGAAAAAUGGGUUUAGUUCACAUGUGUUCGUUCAGACUGCUUUGAUUGAUUUCUACUCGAAUCUGGGUAAAAUUGGUACAUCGAAAAGGGUGUUUGAUGAAAUGGUUGAAAGAGAUGUUUUCACAUGGACCGUGAUGGUUUCAGCUCAUGUUCGGGCAUGGGAUUUGAGUUCUGCAAGGAGAUUGUUUGAGGAGAUGCCUGAGAGGAAUAAUGCUACAUGGAACACUAUAAUUGAUGGGUACGCACGAGUGGGGAAUGUGGAGUUUGCAGAGCUGCUGUUCAAUCAGAUGCCUGCAAGGGAUAUAAUCUCGUGGACGACCAUGAUCACUUGCUAUACUCAGAACAAGAGAUAUAGAGAAGCAUUAGCAGUAUUCAAUGAAAUGAUAAGCAAUGGGAUUAGUCCUGACGAAGUGACCAUGGCAACUGUUAUAUCGGCUUGUGCUCAUCUUGGAGCACUUGAUUUAGGAAAUGAAAUAUAUCUUUAUGUAUUGCAGAAUGGGUUUGAUCUUGAUGUCUAUAUUGGGUCUGCAUUGAUUGAUAUGUACGCCAAGUGUGGGAGCUUAGAUAGGUCACUUUUGGUGUUCUUCAAGUUGCGGGAAAAGAACCUGUUUUGUUGGAACUCAGUAAUUGAAGGGCUUGCAGUUCAUGGAUUUGUAGAAGAAGCACUACAGAUGUUUAGUAGGAUGGAGGGGGAGAAGAUCAAACCAAAUGGGGUCACUUUUAUCAGUGUUCUGAGUGCCUGCACACAUGCAGGACUUGUUGAAGAAGGCCGUAAGAGGUUUUUGAGCAUGGUCAGUGAUUAUUCAAUCCCGCAUGAAGUUGGACACUAUGGAUGCAUGGUUGAUCUACUAAGCAAAGCAGGCUUGCUUACAGAUGCACUAGAGUUGAUAAGAAGCAUGAAAGUUGAACCCAACUCCGUUAUCUGGGGUGCCUUGUUGGGUGGGUGUAAGCUCCAUAGGAAUUUGGAGAUUGCUCAAGUUGCCGUUAAUGAAUUGAUGGUUUUAGAGCCAAACAACAGUGGCUAUUACAACCUUGUGGUUAAUAUGUAUGCCGAAGUAAAUAGAUGGGAUGAGGUUGCGAAAAUCCGGGCAGCCAUGAAAAAUCUAGGGGUAGAAAAGAGUAGUCCUGGAUCCAGUUGGAUUGAAAUGGGAAGGAAGAUUCAUCAGUUUGCAGCAUCUGAUAAAACUCACCCAGCUUAUAAUGAAAUUUACUUGGUGCUAGAUCAGUUGGAUGGGCUGCUGAAGCUAGUUGGCUAUGUACCUGAACUAACAUGGGGAGAUUUAGGCUGAUUUACCCACCCACAUGGGGGUGUAACAUGUUGAUUAUUUUGGGGUUCUCACUUGAUUUUUGUGAUAACAAGUGAUUAGUCAUUGUAGAAUAUGGAAGAAACUGAUUUAUUUGUGGUAACAUAUUAAAAUCAUUCCAUUUCAAUUAAUAGGAAUAAAUUAAAUUUUUGAGAACAA